AUGAGCCACCGAAAGAUACGUUCGCACGGGUCCGUGCCGUUUUCGUGGGAAGAAAAGCCUGGAGUUCCCAAAUUCAACCACCAAAAGUCCUCCUCAGAUAUCAUGAGCUUAAAUGCUCUCCAAAUCAUGCAGCCUGUGCCUGAUAAUUUCAGCAGCUCCAUCAGUAUUCCACCGCCUCCAUGCACGUCUCAACCCCCACGAAGGAGCUACUCCGGCAAGGUCUCUUGGUUGCAUGAUGAUCCGUUCAUUGCAGCCUUAAAGUCUUGCACGAAAAGUGUUACCAACGACAGACGAAGCGAGGGAUUAAGGCAGAAAGGCAAUGAGUCCAAGAGGAAUAGUUAUAGCAAGAGUAGUCUGUUUUCGUGCAAGGAGUCUUGUAAUGUUGAGAGUGAUCAUUUGGUGAAGCUGUCCAAGUUUCCUCCUAUUCCUAAGGAGAGAUACAGCCGCAGAUCGUUUGUUAAGAGCUCAGAGUAA